UUACUAAACCAGAUCAUAAAAGUAGCCAACCAGUUUUCUACUUAAACUCAACAGUCAACACCAAAGAAGCAUGAGCAAAUAUUCUUUAAGAAGCAACGCAAGGAUUGUGUUGUACCAACAAUUUGCCAGAAAUGUCUCACUUGCUUAACCCUUAAAUGUUGAUGAUCCUGUUGGUAUUAGUGGCGGAUCACCCUAUUCUUGCAGCAAAAAAUUAUCAUCUGGAUUUAUUGUAAUGUUUUUGAUAACCAUAGUGACCGGGACUUAUGCUGUGAUCAGAGUAGUCUAGGCAUUUCGACAUUAUCUGGUAGAUCAUCUCAGUUGUUUAUACUGAUCGGUAUCGUACUUUUAGUUGUCGUGUGCCCACAGCCCGCUGCUGGUUCCUCUGGUGGAGAAAAUCAGAGAAAGCGUGCAUCACAAGUGUUGAAUCAGGCAGCGCAAGGUGUGUAGCGUUUUGACAGAUGAAAAUGUUGAUGAAGCUGAACAUGAAUUUCAGGAUAAAGUAAUGAGCUCGAGAGCAGGCGCGAUGGCGAUGAUGAUGGCGCCGAAUUUAAUUUUAGGCGAAUGUACAUGUGAUUCCGAAGCAGAAGAGCGUGACAAGAAUCUAGCUUUGAAGUAUAAAGUUUCGAUACUUGUCACAAGUGCAAUCGGGGUUUGUAUUCCGUUUCUAGGGAAGAUAAUUCCGGCUUUGAAUCCGGAGAAGAAUUUGUUUUUUCUCGUUAAGGCUUUUGCCGCGGGUGUGAUUUUGGCAUCCGGAUUUAUACAUGUGCUUCCUGAUGCGUUUGAGAAUUUAACAACUCCGUGUUUAGAUAAAAAUCCCUGGGAAAAAUUCCCGUUUACGGGAUUUAUUGCCAUGGUUGCAGCAAUCGGGACUCUGAUGAUCCAUAGUUAUGCGACUUGCUUUCAUAGCAAAUCAUAUCUGUCUAAUAAAGCUCAAAACACGGUUGCUGUUAGUGAUGUGGAGGACUCGGGGACUCACGUGCAUGGCCAUGUUCAUGGAUAUUUGGUUUCAGAGCCCUCCCAACAGCUUAUUCGACAAUGCGUGGUAUCACAAGUACUGGAACCGGGAAUAGUUGUGCACUCUGUGAUAAUUGGAACACAACACAUAUCCAAAGGGAAGCUCUGAAUAGUAAGAACAUAGCGCAUUGUGUUAAUCCAGAAAAUGCUAUUCCCUGCUACAACAGUUAAUAAGAAGACAAGCCAAUGUGCAAGCCAACAGUUAAUAAGACAAGCCAAUAUGCAAGCCAACAGUUAAUAAGAAGACAAGCCAAUCGGUUCUUGCAUGAUUCAGGAGUACAAGCUGUUAACGGAGGAAUUUGGUAGUUAACAAAAUUCGAGGUUCGUGGCCGGAAUCAAGAUCUAUGAUGGUGGCUGAGCGGUGGUGAUGAAAUUUUAGGGGUGGCUGAGAUUAGGGUUUCGAGUUGCCUCCAGAUGCUCCCAACUCGUGUCCCCUAAUUUGCCUACGUACCCCUAUAUUUAUAGGGGAUCAAGCCAAUACGUAGUUCUUUUCUCCUAAGAAACCUAAUAGGAUUAGGUUUCCCCUUCUGCUGUCUUCCUCCUGAAAGGGGCCCAAUACGAUGAGGCCUAGACUUGGGCCUUGUAGACUCUCGAGCACCCAAGACUUACCCCAAAUGCAAGGACGCUUCUCUACUCCCCGACAGGGACAACCCGCCAGACUACAGAGAUAGAGCCUUCCAGGGCGUAUCUUCGAGAAGAUUUCACAAGCUCCCCGACAAGGACAACUCGCCAGACUACAGAGCAAGGCCUCCUCUAAUCUUCAUUCUCUAUCUCCCAAGGAGGAUAACUCCUCAGACUACAAGGUAGAGUCUUCGACAAGUUAACAGUAGAGCUCAUAUACACCUAAGGGCGUCCCCCUAGGUAAAAUAUGUCUCCUCCUGCCCUUCAAAUAACGAUCUUUCUCUGUAACCUGAAGAUAAGGCGCGCCCCAUCUUCUUGAAGUGGGUUCUUCUUAUUGACAUAGCUGGUUUGGACUUGGUCCAAUCUUGAGCCUAUCAUAGUCUUCUUUUAUGGGCCGGGUCUUCAUGGUGAUUUUUGCGUAUAACAACUACCCCCCAGAUCUUGGUGGCAUUGAAGAUGUCGACGAGAUCUUGAUGUCCUUUAUCCCCUGAGAUGUCCCAUCUUGGUUGCUCACGGUUGAUGCAGAAGAUGUUUACGUUCUUUAACUAGGCGCGCCAUAUUUUGCCGUAUAAUAGCUGAGUCCGAAUAGUACAAGUGAGUCGAACGAAGGAGAUUCCUCUGAAGCCGAUGAUGAAGAAGUUUCUUGAAGAUGGAGAUGAUUUUGCUUGACGGGGGUGAAGAUGAUGUUCGCUUGACGGAGGUGAAGGUAGCAUUUGCUUGAUGGAUGUGAAGGUAGUGCUUGCCUGAUGGAGACGAUGACGAGGUUGCUGAGGAUGAGGUCGCGGAAGCCGAGGCUGAGUCGAUGAAGAUGAGGCCGCGGAAGCCGAGGCUGAAGGAGAGAUGAGGCUGCGGAAGCCGAGGCUGAAGAUGAGGCCGCGGAAGCCAAGGCUGGAGGAGAGAUUAAGCUGAGGCCGCGGAAGCCGAGGCUGAAGGAGAGAUGAGGCUGCGGAAGCCAAGGCUGAAGAUGUGGCCGCGGAAGCCAAGGCCGGAGGAGAGAUUAAGCUGAGGCCGCGGAAGCCGAGGCUGAAGGAGAGAUGAGGCUGCGGAAGCCAAGGCUGAAGCAGAAGAACGCGCCCUCUACCACGUCUGUAUGAUCACCCCCCAGUUUCGGAGUAUGAGCUUGACUUGAAGAUGCAGGUUGGAGAAGACAGUGUUGCGAAGUUGUGUUGUGACGUAUAUUUACUCUGAAUCUUGAAGACUGGAGUGUUGGACGCGUCUCUGUAUACAACAUAUAUACACAAUUAUAUUUAGCAAAAUAAUAAGGUUAGUAUUUACCUCAUGGCGCGCCCUGUUAGGGGAAGGUGCGCCUCUCGAUAAUUUCAAGAGAACGCUGUUCGGGGGAGACACAUCUUGUAAAUAUCCUCGAUUCACAUUACUUUCAU